AUACAAGAUGUCCGAGAAGUUAUCACUAGGGCAGCGGGUGAAGGUGGUGGGUAAGGACGUGAAGGGCUCCGUGGCGUACGUGGGGCACCCCACCUUCGCCACCGGCAAGUGGAUCGGGGUCAUACUGGACGAGCCCAAGGGAAAGAACAACGGGACCAUCCGGGGACAUGCCUACUUUACUUGCGACGAGAACUAUGGCGUGUUCGUCCGUCAGACUCAGAUCCAGCUCCUGGACGGCGAACACAACCCCAUGGAGACCUCCACGACCUCGGUAGACGAGCCCCGCGCCCCGCCCGCCGCCAACCGCCGGCUCAGCAGUAUCACAGUGGCCCAGCGCUCUAGACCCACCACGGUGCGUCGCAAGACGGCGCCGGCGGCGAAGGGCACGCUGUCGAUGUCGAGUUCACGAACGUCACUGGCGAGCAGUCGGCAGUCGUUGACGUCAUACGCUUCACCGACGGCUGAACGAGCCGCAUCGCCGGAUCAGGCGGCGAAGCGAGCUUCAUUUGUCGAGACCGGAUUCGUGGAGACUCUUACGCAACAGUACACACCGGGACAGAGUAUGACGUCACCCGCGCCCACGCCGCACGCAGAGGACCGGUUGGCCAACCUGCAAGCGCAACAAGAGAUAACCCAACUCAAAUCAGAAGUCGAAGACCUAAAGGAAAAACUCGAAACCCUCCGCGUGAAGCGAGCCGAGGACCGAGAGCGCCUGCGCGAGUUAGAGCGAGUGCGACUACAGUUAGAGCAGGCCAACGAGUUCAAAGCGCGCAUCAUGGAGUCGCAGGCGCAGCUGCAGAGGGACUUGCAGAGAGCGAAGCAGGAGGUUCGCGAGGCCCAGGAGGCCCUGGACACCCACAACGAUGAGACCGCCGAGCUGCAGGAGGCGGCCGAGAUGGCGGCGCUCGACAAGGAAAUGGCCGAAGAGCGCGCCGAGGCACUUCAACUAGAGCUGGAGUCCUGCCGCGAGAAGUUGGAGGAGGCAACCUUGGACCUGCAACUCAUGCGCGCUGAAAUGGAGGCUUCGGGGAACACCCAGCACCCGUACGCAGCGACGGAAGACCGCGCGGCCACCGGCUACGAGAUGCGGCAGCUGCAGCAGCAGAACUCUCGGCUGCGAGAGACCUUGGUGCGGCUGCGGGACCUCAGCGCGCACGACAAGCAUUCCAUGCAGAAGAUGAACAAGGACAUAGAACAAUACAGAUCCGAGAUAGCGGAACUGUCUCGCACCAAAGAGAAGCUGUCCACCAGGGUCGAGGAGUUGGAAGCCCAGGUCGCAGACUUACGAGAACAGGUGGAUGCAGCACUUGGGGCUGAGGAGAUGGUGGAACAGCUAGCUGAGAAGAAGAUGGCGUUGGAAGACCAGGUGGAACAACUGAAACAAGACGUGGCUGAACUGGAAGCUCUCCAAGAAGUCCACGAGCAGCUGGUGGAGUCCAACCGAGAGCUGGAGCAGGACCUGCGCGAGGAGCUGGAGAUGGCCCAGAGCGCCACUAGAGAGGUGGUGCGCGAACGCGAGGCCGCGUUCGAAACCAUCAUGGAUCGCGACUCCACCAUUCUGAAGUUCAGGGAGCUGGUGCAGAAGAUGACUGAACAGUACAAUGAGAUACGGAACCAGCUGGAGUCUAAACAAGGUUCCCCAGCCCCGUCCGAGCAGGAGACUCCCGAGCCGUCCCGCUCGCCGCCUGUUGAACUCGGCGCGCUGGCGCAGCUGUCCCGCGCCUGCACGCGCUCCGUGGACCUGCAGCUGCGCGCGCUGGAGCUGGCGCAGGCGCGCGCACGCGCAGACAUGCUGGCCGCCUGUCUGCCCGACCACUUCAUGCAACCGGCGGGUGACCACGACGCCAUUUUGUUAAUCCUGCUGUUGCAACGGCUCACCACCAAAGCGGACAUCAUUCUGGGACAGAUCAGGGAACGGUUCCCUGCUGUCAACGUGUGGGACAGAGAGGCGGUGACAAAGACGCACACAGCGGUGCAGUACAGCUUCCGAUGCCAACUAGAAUACCAGCUCCACAUGAUACAGUGUAUAGUAUCGAUGUGGGUGUGGACCCUGGACUCGUGCAAGCCUGAGCUGCUCCUGAAGGCCGCCAGCGCCCUACCGGACGCUACUCAACAGGAGAAAGCGUUGGACGGCGCCUUGCAGCUGCUUAAAACCAAUGAGUUGGACGAAAACGUGGGACUAGACGGUAUCGAGCGCUGCUGGACCUACCUGUCCGCCAUGUGGUCAGCCCUCGGCCUCUCGGCCCUGGAGCCGGAGUAUCCCCGCGAGGCCGUCGCGCACGCAUGCUGCGCGCUCGACGCGCUCGCCAGGGCGCUACACGCCGACGCCAGCGCCCUACAACAGACGUUACUGCAAGCGGAGCACGGGCUGGAGUUAGGGCAGCUCCACACGCACAUGAUCACGACGGCGAGCGCGCUGCAGCAAGCGUUGAAGAGCGCCCGCCGCCGCUUACCCCCCGCACCUCAGGCGCCAGUGCCGCUGCCAGUUCAGCUAAUCGAGAAGCUGCGAACAGAGGCGGCGGCGACGCUGUCUCGCUGCGCGCGCGCAUCGUGGCUGGCUGCGCGCGCGGCGUGCGCGUGCGCCGCCACGGCGGGCGAGCGCGGCGACGGCGCGCCGCUGCAGCACGCCGUGCUGCUCAACGUGUGGGCGCAGGCCACCAACAAGACUUACCAACAGGACGACCACGGGCCAGUGCGCACGAUCAAACACGCCCUAGCGGCCGUUAGCGCUGACGUCACCAAACUGGCAACCAUGGCCGCCGAGAAGGAGUAUGACAUGAUGUCACUUACUAACGUAGCCGAUAAGCCGACUCCGCCCGUGGUGCUGCGCGCGCAGCUCGUCAAGAAGCAGCUAGAAGAGACCAAGACCUUGACCAUCAAGCUGGAGAACAAGGAGGCCGACAUUAAGGAACUCAGGAAGGCGCUCAAGGCAAAGCAAGAGGAACUAUCCGAGAUGCAGAUCCGGCGCGAGCUCGGCGAACGUAAGCUGACGUCGGCGGCGCGCGACGCGGAGUUGAAGGCCGAGCAGCUAGCUCGCAAACUCGACGACGCCAACAACCAACUUAAACGGAAAGAGAAAGAGUUCGAAGAGACGAUGGAUCAUUUACAACAAGAUAUCGACUCGCUGGAACACGAGCGCGGCGCGCUCAGAGACAAACUCAAACUGUACGCCAAGCGAGGCGGACAACACCACGCGGUGGCGUUGCCGGCGAUCGUCCCCAGAGACUACUCACAAGAGGCUCCGGUAAGGGUGGCGCCGGGCGUGGCACCCGGGGAGGUCAACGAAGCCCUACAGCAACAGCUGAAGGUGCUGAGCUGGUGA